GCGUGCCCGUCCCGGUUCGACAUGGCGGCGCCCACAAACGAGGUGACGUGACUGUCCCCGAUGCCGAGUGUCCCGUAAACACAUGUUUUAUAACCGCUGGAUCAGACUGUGCGCCUCCUGCAGCCGUGGGAUGGCGAACAACAACAACGGGGGAGGGAGUGGGUGGAGGACGCCCCCGGGCCGAAACGCCCCGCGGUGUUUCCGAGAGGCUCUGCAGGGGGAUGACGCGUCAAGACGCCUUGGCCGCGGCGAUCUUGCGGAUCUGCACAGGGACGAGGCGGUGCAGAGGCACCUCGCGCAGCUGAUGGAGGAGCACGAGGGCCUGACCAAGAGGCUGCAGCAUGCCGGUCUCAGUGACUCGGAUAGAAGAGACCUGAACAAGAGACGUGCGGAGUUGUCGCCCGUAGCAGACGCGUUCCAGAAUAUCCGACAGGCUUUGAACGACCUGGAGGAAGUCUUGUCCCUUCUGCGUGGUACAGUUGGAACUCGAGAGGAAGACCAACAAAUGACCCAGCUGCUGAAGGAGGAAGAAGCGGGGAUCUCCCAUAGCAUUUUAACCUUAAGAAAAGAUCUGAUCAAAUCCCUUGUGCCCAGUGACCCACAUGACCCCAGUAACAUUAUUCUAGAAGUGGUAUCAGGACGGACAACUGGGGGUGACAUCUGUCAGCAGUUCACCAGAGAGAUGUUUGACAUGUACCAGGGCUUUGCCAGCUACAAGAACUGGGAUUUUGAGGUUUUCAACUACACUCCAGCGGAGUAUGGUGGUUUACACCAUGCCGCGGUGAGGAUAGCAGGAGAAAAUGUCUUCAGAAACCUGAAGCAUGAGAGAGGCACGCACAGGGUGCAGAGGAUCCCUGAGGUCGGCCUCUCCUCCAGGAUGCAGCGCAUUCACACCGGGACCAUGACAGUCAUCAUCCUACCCCAGCCCGCUGAGCUUGAUGUCAGCAUUGAUCCCAAAGACCUCCGUAUCGACACAUUCAGGUCCCGGGGUCCUGGGGGCCAGAGUGUCAACACAACAGACAGCGCUGUGCGCAUAGUUCAUCUUCCUACAGGUACGACUGUGGAGUGUCAGCAGUCUCGCUCCCAGCUCAAAAACAAAGACACGGCCAUGCACAUGCUGAGGGCUCGCCUCUACCAGAGCAUGUUGGGUAAAGAGACCAAGCAGAGGCACACAGCACGCAAACAGCAGGUGGGCACCCGUUCUCAGUCGGAGAGGAUUCGUACCUACAACUUUAGCCAGGACCGCGUCACAGACCACAGGACCGGCUAUGUCACUAGAGACAUUAAGAAGUUCAUGAGAGGUGGGGACGCCCUCGAGGAUUUGAUUUCUGAUGUGGCUGAACAUGGAGACAGGGAGGCCGUGCUGGAGCUGGUGGAGAGCAGCAGCAGUGUGAAGCAGCCCGGGUCUUAAAAGUCUGUUGUGAUGCCUGCCAGAACCAGCUGUUAAUCUGAAGCGUGGCUGUGUGACCCAGGUCAUCUGUUUUUAUCCCCCCCCCCUUUUCUACCCAGUUGUACUUGGCCAAUUACCCCACUCUUCUGAGCUGUCCCGGUUGCUGCUCCACCCCCUCUGCUGAUCCAGGGAGGGCUGCAGACUACCACAUGCCUCCUUCGAUAUAUGUGGAGUCGCCAGCCACUUCUUUUCUCUUGACAUUGAGGAGUUUUGCCAGAGGAACGUAGCUUGUGGGAGGAUCAUGCUAUUCCCCCCAGUUCCCCCUCCCCCCUGAACAGGUGCCCCAACUGACCAGAGGAGGCGCUAGUGCAGCGACCAGGACACAUACUCACAUCCAGCUUCCCACCCACAGACACGGCCAAUUGUGUCUGUAGGGAUGCCCGACCAAGCCAGAGAGGUAACACAGGGAUUCAAACCGGCGAUCCUGGGGGGGGAUCGAACCCCCGACUUCAUGAAUGUUAGCCUGGUGAAUAGUCAAAGAAACAAAGUGUUCUCGGACACCAGAUGACGAAUCUUAACCAGGACUGCUACUCUACAGGAAUGUCCAGCUUCAGUGGCUUAUAGGACCAGACAUUGAACUGGUAUUGCAAAUGGAGGUGGACAAAUGCUGGUUUAGUGACACCUGACUGAAAGUUGAUUUAGUAAUGGGACUGUGAAGCUGAGGCACGAACACGAAAGACAGCAGUUAUUAUAAACUAUAUAUUAGGAGUCUUCUAGGUGGCGCUUUGCCAGUCCGGGCUUGCUGAGGACACCUAUCAGCUUAGCACACACACUCCUUCCUCCAGAGCUGACCCACCCUGUGUGUGUUGAGCUGAUAGACGGACACUCAGCUGACGAAUAAGUGUUUUAGUUACCCUGGUUUGAAAACUUGAACGAGUGUGUAUGCUACUGCAAUAAAUUAACUUGCUU